AUGCGUUGCCUGCGCUGCCCGGUGGCGUACCAUACAGGAGAGGUGUGUGUUGCGGCUGGCAGUGAGAUGUUGACCCCCACCACCAUCAUCUGCACCAACCACUUCUCACCCAAGAAGGGCUACAGCCACCACUCGCAUGUCAACGUCAGCUGGUGCUUCGUCUGCUCCAAAGGUGGCCAGCUCCUCUGCUGUGAGUCGUGUCCAGCAGCGUUCCAUCCAGACUGUCUGAACAUCACCAUGCCGGACGGCAGCUGGUUCUGUAACGACUGCCGGGCCGGAAAGAAACCCAAAUAUAGAGACAUCAUCUGGGUCAAACUGGGCAACUACAGGUGGUGGCCUGCAGAGAUCCAUCACCCCCGGAACAUCCCCACCAACAUCCAGCACCUUCGCCACAAAAUCGGAGAGUUCCCAGUGUUCUUCUUCGGUUCUAAGGACUACUUCUGGACGCACCAGGGUCGAGUUUUCCCCUACAUGGAGGGAGACAGGGGCAGCAAGGUCCAGAAGACUGGGAUAGGGAAGGUCUUCAAGAACGCGCUGUUGGAGGCAGAGAAUCGCUUCAAGGAGAUCAAGAUGGAACGGGAGGCCAAGGAGACGCAGGAGAACAACAGGAAACCACCUCCGUACAAAUACAUCAAGAUCAACAAGCCCUGUGGCCGGGUGCAAGUCUACACAGCCGACGUGUCAGAAAUCCCCAAGUGUAACUGUAAGCCCACGGACGAGAAGCCGUGUGGGUUUGAGUCAGAAUGCCUGAACAGGAUGUUGAUGUACGAGUGCCACCCUCAGGUCUGUCCCAACGCAGAGCGCUGCUGCAACCAGGACUUCACCAAGAGACACUACCCAGAGACUAAGAUCAUCAAGACUGCUGGCAAGGGCUGGGGCCUGGUGGCACUACGGGAUAUUAAGAAGGGUGAGUUUGUGAAUGAGUACAUCGGAGAGUUGAUCGAUGAAGAGGAAUGUCGCUCCAGGAUCAAGUACUACCAGGAGAACGACAUCACUCACUUCUACAUGCUCACCAUCGACAAGGUAAACUAUGACAUCACUCACUUCUACAUGCUCACCAUCGACAAGGUAAACUAUGACAUCACUCACUUCUACAUGCUCACCAUCGACAAGGUAAACUAUGACAUCACUCACUUCUACAUGCUCACCAUCGACAAGGUAAACUAUGACAUCACUCACUUCUACAUGCUCACCAUCGACACGGUAAACUAUGACAUCACUCACUUCUACAUGCUCACCAUCGACACGGUC